GAGCUGCGCACGGGCAGCGACUCGAGGAAGAAAGCCAUGGCGACCUUGUCGUUGUCCUUUACAGCCAUUUUAAAGCGUAAGGACUGCCUGCCAAAGUUGUCCCUUUUUUACAACGCUUUGCACACUUCGAGUUUCGCCAGCCGAUCGUUCAGAUGUCGGACAUGGAAACGCGGUGCGUCUCGUGGAGGCGGGCUUGAAUUAGCGCGGCGGUUCGGUGGCAGAAAAUGCGGAGCAUCGACGAUGUGCACCAGUUCUUCAGGCGGCCGCGAUAUGACCGACUGGCUGUGGUCUGUUUAUAACGACACCAAGAAACAGGCUGAAGUCCUGAUCCCAGUUAUAUGCAGGAACUCUGUCAACCCUGACACAAUCUUUGCCAACAACGAGAUGAGCCUUGGAGACGUGGAGAUCUACGGAUUCGACUAUGACUACACCCUGGCCUUCUAUUCUAGCCAUCUGCACACUCUCAUCUUCAACAUAGCACGGGACAUCCUCAUCACUAAGCACAGGUACCCAGAGGCCCUACGAGACUAUGAGUAUAUCCCCAAUUUUGCUGUAAGGGGACUGCAUUAUGAUGUUCAGAAGGCACUGCUGAUGAAAAUAGACGCUUUCCACUACAUUCAUUUGGGAACGGUAUACAGAGGUCUUCAUCCAGUACCUGAUGAGGAAGUGAUUGCCAUGUACGAUGGUUGCCACGUUCCUCUGGAGAUAAUGAGUGACUUCUACGGCAAGAGUUCUCAUGGUCACACCAUGAAACAGUUCAUGGACAUCUUCUCCCUGCCUGAGAUGACCCUCCUGUCCUGUGUCAAUGACUUCUUCAUGCAGCACAACAUUGACUAUGAACCCGUCCAUCUCUACAAAGACGUGAAGGAGGCCAUAGGAGAUGUUCACGCCAAGGGCAUUAUGUACCGAGCUGUGGAAGCAGAUAUCGAGAAAUAUAUUUGCUAUGGCGAACAAAGCCAAGCUGUGCUGAAGAAGCUCACCGAACAUGGAAAGAAGAUGUUCCUCAUUACCAACAGCCCAUUUGACUUUGUAGACCGAGGAAUGAACUACAUCGUAGGGAAGGACUGGAGGGAUCUGUUCGAUGUUGUUAUUGUGCAGGCGGACAAACCAAGCUUCUUUAACGACAGGAGAAAACCUUUCCGACGUGUGACAAAUAAAGGGGUUUUGCUGUGGGACAGGAUUCACCGCUUGGAAAAAGGGCAGAUCUACAAACAGGGAAACCUGUACGAGUUCCUGAGACUCACUGGGUGGAGAGGGUCCAACGUGCUCUACUUUGGAGAUCACAUCUACAGUGACCUCGCGGACCUGACUCUGAAGCAUGGCUGGAGGACAGGGGCCAUUAUUCCUGAGCUGAGGAAGGAGAUCAAGAUAAUGAACACAGAGCAGUAUGUCCACAUGAUGACCUGGCUUCAAGCUCUGACUGGACUCAUCGAACACAUGCAGGUGCACAGGGAUCCAGCAUCUCAAGCCGUUGUCCAGGAAUGGAUCAGAGAAAGAGAAACCAUGAGGUAA